AUGGGGGACAAACCGGGACGCCGUGUUCCAGCGGCAGGGAGUCGGCGGGCAGGCAGGGAAGGCACGAGGACAGCGGCUCGUCCCGGCAGCCUGUCGCACCGCCGGGAGGCGCUGCUGCCUCACGGCCCCGGCGGGACGGGCGCUGCCCGCGGGGAGCUCGCGCCGUCCCGCCCUCAUCUGCCGGCGGCGGAAGUACCGGGACUCGCCGCCAGGAGCCGCGCCGCCGAUGGCCGCGCGCCAGGGAGCUGGAUCCGGAGUCCGGUGGGGAGUGGCGUCCGUUCCCGUGGGGACCGGCGCGCUCCCGCCACGCGCAACUCCCGCGACGGGCGGCGCGUGACGCGGGCGCGCUCCGGCGGGGGCGGGGGGAGGGGUGCGGCGGCGUCCGCGCGCUGCCAUGGACACCGCGCGCUGGGGCCAACGGCGGCGGGAUCGGGAGCGUGCGGAGUGGCCGCCGUCCUGCCGCUCCCGGGCUGGGGGAGCUCCGGCGAGCCGUGCCCGCCCCGGGAGGGCGCUCCGCUGCCCCCGAGGUCGGUCGGGCGGCGGGAGACACGCGAGAGCCGAGCCGGCGGCAUCUCCGUUACUCCCAGGAGCGGGCGGGAGGACGCCCCGUCCCGGGCGAGUGACAGCGUGGGGCGGCCGGUGAGGAGGAAAGAAGCGUUUCUGCGAGUGUCCUGCCGAGCGUCACCGGUGCCGCUCCAGGAAGAGCCGCCGGGUCCCGGUGCGCGCUCCCCGCCGCCGGCGGGGUGCAGGGAGAGCCGCGGAGACUUUUGUCCGGGGAGAGGAAAGGAAGAGUUUGAAGCUCUAGAUCCAGAAUUGUACCUAAAACAAAUGUGUGCAAAGAAUACUGUGCCAUCGUCUUUAUGGAAAUACUGGGAAAUUCUGCCAAUUAAUUUAGUUAUUAUUUCCAUUGUGACUUAUAAACAGUGUACUUUUAGGAAGUUUAAAUUUUUGUCAGAACAAUGCAAGAAACUUUUUUUUUAAUAGAUAAAAGUAAGUCUAGGAAAAUGCAAUAACUAUUUGUUUCUGGAAAAAAUGAAAUAUUAAAAAGUAUUUGUUUAUUCAUUAGUUUUAAGUGUAAAAGCUCUCAGCUGGGAAAUAGAUCUUGUUACCGUAAGAGUUGCUCAUCUGGAAAAUAGAUUUAGCACAGAUGACUUUCCAUUCUGAAUGAUUUCUGGUGUGCUUCAGCAAGGAAGAACAAUAGGAGUUUAAUUAUGUAAUUUGUCCAGUUUGUUGCCUAAAAUAUUUGCCUAUUUAUGUAGCAUUAAUAUUUUAAUUAUUUUUUAAUAUUUUGUUUAUAUCCAAAUAUUUCCCAAUAAUAUGUUAAGAAACAGAAGGGAAGUUCUCAUGUAUCUCAGAUACACUGCUUUUCCCUCACCUCAGAUCAGAUUCCUUUUCCCAGGGAGAUGUUUCUGUUGCUGUGGUUUGUGCUUUGCAUGUUAUUUUGUCAUAAAUAUCCAAGAUGUGAAUGAGACUUCCUUGUUUUGAAAAUUACCAGUGUUUCUGUGUAUAGUGAACUCUAAGUAAGGUUGUGUUUUGCUGUCUUAAGGUUAAUUAUUCUUUUUCUUAUUAUU